AUGUUCCCGCAAAGAGAUCUCUCUCUGAUGGCAAGCGUUCUGGACGAGCACCAGAUACCACAUGUGGCGGGAUGGGAUGCGAGUCGCGUGCUAUGGGGGGUCCCUAUCUAUGUAGACGCAACCCAGCUCAUCAUCAACGACGAGCAUUUCUCCACGGCCAUGGAUCUGAUUACCAAUGCCGGAUAUACACCAUGCACUGAUGACAAGUGCUGGAUCGUUCAAAAGACACAUUACGUUCAAUUCCCCGACGGCCAUUUCCAUGUUAAGUGGGUCGGGGAAGGGGGCCACGCGAUCGGGCUGUACAAGAAAUCGCUUGUCUACUGGGGCUUGCCCGAUUUCCCAACCGAGCCUCCUGCCGUCGACGACCGCAAUUUCAUCCUCUCCAACGAUUCGCGACUGCGCACACCCUGGGACCCCAAAAUCACUCCGAUCAAGAUUCUCACCAAGGUGGCUCUUGCCGAGACAUUGAUAUCCCUGGAAGCACGAGAUGUGGAUCACAUCAAUUGGUUGGCACACACCUGGCACUGGUACAUGAAUGAGAGCAUGCUUCACGGCGGCCAGGACUGGAUCGAAAAGAAAGACCUUCUCCCUCAUUUCCAUGAGUAUUGGGAGCUUUUCACAACACCCGAGCGACCUGGAAUUGGGUUCGCCAUGCAGGAUGCUCUGCGAGACCUUCAUCAGAGGAUGCUGGCAGAGGGGAAUAUGCCCGCUCCCCCAGACAAUUGCGGCUUGACCGAUCCGAAGGUCAUAGAGAUUUUCAAGAAGUACGGCUAUGGAACCUUGAGAGGAUAG